UGGCGGCAUGUUUUCUGGCUUGAUGUUUUCGUCGUCUGUACACGCCUUUGUUCUCGUAUGCAAGGGUCACUUUUUCACCUUAAAUCUAAGGUGGUAACUUGUAUUUAUUGUGAGCUUUCCAGCGCUCAAUACUGUCACGAUGGAGGAAAUAGUAGGCAAAGUAGGAAAUGUUGUCUUCGAGCUCGAGAUGGCCCUGGAGCAACAACUCGGCGCGCUGCCACUGCCGUUCCCUGGUAUGGACAAGUCCGGAGCAGCCGUGUGCUGUUUUUACGUGCAGGGAAACUGUAGCAAAGCAUCUGCAUGCCCUUUUAGGCAUGUUAAGGGUGACCGAACAGUGGUCUGUAAGCACUGGCUGCGAGGCCUUUGCAAGAAAGGUGAUCAAUGCGAGUUUCUCCACGAGUUCGACAUGACGAAAAUGCCAGAGUGUUACUUCUAUUCGCGUUUCAACGCGUGCAGUAACAAAGAGUGUCCAUUUCUACAUAUAGAUCCCGAAGCAAAAAUCAAAGAUUGUCCUUGGUAUGACCGAGGCUUUUGUCGGCACGGCCCGAACUGUCGCCACCGACACACACGACGCGUCAUGUGCAUAAACUACCUUUGCGGAUUUUGUCCCGAUGGACCUGAGUGCAAAUUUAUGCAUCCGAAGUUUGACUUACCCAUUCAGGACCCAGCACAGCAAGCGAAGAAGGCCAACAUUGUAUGCCAUUAUUGCGGUGAGGCAGGACACAAAGCAAUAUCCUGCCACAAAAUGCCGGCUGAACUGCGAGAAGAGCAGCAGCACUCCCGUAUGCAGUUCCACAACCACUAUGGUGGAAUGCACCGACGUGAUCACGAAGACGGCGGGGGCCCAAACGCUGGAGGACAACGAGGCUUCAGACCACUGGACCAAGUCACUUGCUACAAGUGUGGGGAGAAAGGACAUUAUGCCAACAAGUGCCCAAAGGGACAUUUAGCUUUCCUUAGCAGUGCACUUCAAAACACACCGAACGUGUAGGCCUGUUAGUGUGCAUCACUGCAAAGAAGAUGCACACAUCAAAUGCAGUAUUUUUCACUGCAUCUGAUGUUCAGUUUCCAUUUUGCUGUAAACCUCUCUGUCAAGUCCUCACAUUUGAAUGAUCACACUUGACUACAGAGACCAGGGAGAGAGUUGUGUGUUCUCAUCACAAACAUAUUAUCAGUCAUUGUGUAUGCAAGUGUAAAAUUUGGCAUGCCCUAGACCGAAUUUCACUAGACAUGUUCCUGUGAUGGUCAAAGUCAAAACUUGAUUGUAGAGGUGGUACAGCACCAAGGAACUCUAACCAGUGGAGUUAGGCACACAGACAAACUUGCCUGCUUGUUGUGUAUGCGUGUUCAACUCAGCUGGUUGAUUGUCCUUUGCGGCAUAAUGUUAACAGCUUCCUGUCUGUGUACAUUGUGUGCAUGAUGUUUUACUGAUCCAUAGUGCAUUGCACUACUAGGCCAGUUUUCAGUCCUCUUUCUCGUGGGUACCAUUUUUUUAUUGUUAUUAUUUUCUUAAUAGGUAUACUGGAAUUAAGUGCCACACCACUGUUGUAAAUGCUUGAUUUUGUGAGUGAGAUGCUGCGGUUAGACCUAUAGGCACUCCAAGAUUGCCAUGCUUGUCUGGAACUGGGCAUGCAAUGUCCGUGGUGUGAAUUGUCACUUUAAAGUGUAUUGCCAGAAGGGCUGAACACAGAAGUGGACAAGACCAGGGUGUUGUUGCACCUUGUACAUAACAAAAUAUUUUUGUUUUCUUGCUUGGUACUUGAGGAAAGUUGUACAGAAAGCUUUCCCAAGUUUUACUCGUUGCCAUUUGUGUUUAAUACACACACACAAGGUUCUUGUGCUUCCGGCAGAUACUUUGUUUACAUUUAUUUCUAUUUACUUUAUCAUGUGGAGAUCGUGCUCUUGCAGUGUAAUAGCUAUGAAUAGCUGGAAAUAGUGUUCUUGAAACUUACCUGAAUUCCAGUAGACACUCAUGAGUUAUACCCAGUCAUAUGUAUGUUUUCAGUGGACAUUUAGCCAAUGAACACUGAAGCCUAUUGGAAUUCACCACUGCCGCAUGCUAAUUCUCAAUAGUGAUAAUAGAGUUGUGGGUCAUUGAGUUGAAAACUUACAAAUGAUCAUUCAGAGCAGCUUCUUGUGUUUGUUAAAUGUUCAAAAGAAGUAGCAUUUCGAAGUUGUAAAUAUGAAAUAAUAUUGAAUUGUGUAGUAAAAGAUUGACCAUGGCACAAUUUUUCACAAUUCUUGCUGUCUAGUUGAAAUGACAGCUGUGCAGAUUGUCAGAUAUAAACAAAAAACCUCCACUUUACUUUUCUCUAUGGUUUUUUGUUCAUACGCUGGUGUUUGCAUUUUUCUUUUUUCUUUAUAAUGUAAAUGAAUGAUCUUUCAGGAUGGUCCAGUGCCUAAGUGGGGUAGAACUGAUCAUCACUAGUGUGCAUCACUAAUGGUCACUUAUAGUAGCCUGGCAGGCCAGCCUCUGUGACUGAGUACUCCAAAGGAAGUAGCGUGUUGUAUGCACUGCCUACGGUAUACAACCAUUUAUUCAGAGUAUGCACUUCCACAGCUUUGUGCUGAUGCCAGGCCAAGCAGGGUCUGGAUACUUCCCACAGUAAGUGUUGGAGGUUAACACAUCGGUUUGUGGGGCAUUACACAUGCAUGGCACACGCAACAUUGUCAUUUGUCCCUGUUUGUGAGAGUGUUAAGCCACGCAUGUGAAUGCGUGCCUGUUGCCUUCACCUUGUGAGUGCAUUUGUGAUGUCUCUGCCACGAGAUUGUACAUGAGGAUUUGUGCUUUGCACUGUAGACCCAAGAGGCAAGAGGAGGUUUUUUGGCAGUAAGUUAGAGCAUCCUGUGCUUUCUUUUUUUUUUUUUUUUUUUGCUGUUGGGCUAGUUUGUAAACAGCGUUAAAAACUAAAACGGUGCAAAGAACAGGACAAGAGAGACAGACGCUGUCUCAUUGUUUCUGUCUUUCUUGUCCAGUUUUUUUUUUUUUUUUUUGCUGUGUUUUCAUUCUUGAUAGCAUUGAUGGCACCUGUGGUCCGUGUCAGGUUGAUAGUGCAGUGGCGAAUGUCCCUCAAUGUUCACUCAUACCGGCAAAUCAACUCAUCUGAUUCUUGCAAUCAUUUCACUCCUUGUAGUCCACGGCCCGCGUCUAUGCCUUAUUCAGGCACUGCCUUGUCAUGAACCUUCUCAUCCUUGUGGGCGAGGUGGACCUCUUUGCCUGUUAGGUGACAGCGAUGUCCAUGGCAAUGAAGAGGCAUUAACUUCACCACUUGGCCUUCUGUGGUGAAUGUAGUUUAUUGCUGAGGAGGUCGGGAGAAUUCCUCUCCUAAUCCCUUUCAGAAAAAGACCCCUGUGUUACAGAGUACGUUUUUGUGCUGUGAGCCAUCUGCUUCCUCCCUGCACUUUCAACACUGGCUGCCAGUGUGUGUAGUGUGUGACUGCAACGUGUUCGUUGUUGGCGAGCUACUAUUUGGGUGGCACCUGUGCAGUUCAUAAGGGAACUAUUUUCAGUAGAAAUGGUGAAUAUAAACUUUUUUGAAUAGGAAUCGAAUGCGAAUAGUAAGUACUGAAUUUUAAAUAGUCAACUGCAGGCACAUAUGUUCACAGCAGGAAUAUUCAUUUCGGUGUAGUUAGGUACCAUACCUGUACCGACUAGUGCAAAAAAGACAGCCUUACUAUCAGGGACAAAGAAUCAGUUUUAAAGACAAGAUAACAAUUGAUCAUUAAAGAAGCUACAUGAGUAGCCUCUCAACUUUAGAGCCUGGUUGCAAACAAACUUUGAAAGAAAGAAUGGCUACUGUACGACUAGUUUGCCAAAAAUGCAAUAUAAAUGGUUACCAAAAAAAAAGAUCAGAAGUUGUAGAAAAAGAAAAAAAAAAAAGCGCUGCUGAAGGACGUGUGUGCCGUAGAAAAAGCGCUUGUAAGAAAAGCAAUAGAGGUUGUAGCGUAAUAGUUAAAAACUGCUACAUGCCUAGACUGCGAAAAACACUAAUGACAGACUACAAGCAACAGUCGCAGGUUGUAUAGGCUUCCGCUGUGAAACCAAAACGAAGGGUGCAGUAGCCAUUUUGUAUCUGCAUUGCUUCGAAACCAUUUGUUGUCUAAAUUCUGAUGAUUUGUGAUACUUUUGUUUUAUGGAUGCAGAACAGUAACCAGACUAACAUUCAGUUGUUGCGAAACGUUUAGUUCGUUUUACUAUUCAAAAUUAUCAUAGUUCUUUUUUUGGCCUUUUUUUUUCGAAUAGUUAGUUUGUGGUAUUCGAUUCAUGUUCAAAAUUUCAAAUAUUCGCCCAUCCUUAUUUUUCAGGGAGCACAGAGGGAGGAAAAGGAGGCAUGGCAUGCUUGUGGGAAGGGCCUCUCCUAUUUUCUCACUGACUAUAGCUUCUUGCAGGGCAUUUUUGUGCACUUGUGUGUGGUCCAGUAAGUAAGGCAUCAUGGGUGCUAGACUGGAACAAGCAUAGUCUCAAAAUUGCACUCACUGUACCAUGGGCAACACCAUUUCCUGUGUUUUGCAGUUGAUGUUUCAUUUAAAGUGUUUCAUGUCAAAUAAUUAUGGUCAGUCAGAAGGAAUGCAAGUUUCUCUGUUGCCAAUGAAAUUCACCCUGUGGCAGCGGCAUUUAUGAAUAGCCAUUGGACAUUUAAUAACUGUUGGCUUCAAUGGGCAUUAAGUUUGACGAUGUGGCAGCAGUAUAGGAUUGUACAUUAAUUCAAUUUCUCGCCUUCCAAAGUACUUCUUUUCUUUCUUAAAUUUUUAUGUACAGUCAGCAGCAAAUGGUGCAAUUCCCAAACAAAUAUAGAAGUGUUUUGACAAACCAAUUUUUUGCAUGUCAGUCACAGGUGCUGUGAUUUUUUCCCAGUAAAGAUUGACAUAUUGCAUGAUGCAAUUUUUAUCAACCACAUUCUAUGUCGCAUACCUCAAGCACAUUGUUCCAGUUUUAGUUGUGCUGUUUGGUUUUCAUUUGCUGUUGAUUGUACAUUUUAACGCAUGAGAUUGUUUAGCUAAAUUCUUGUGGUAUGUUUGUUCAACCAAAUAUAUGUCUAGGCACGUGUGGUCAGUGCAUAAAAAUAUGAGGUGGAUGCUCAGCCUAUGUGAUGUGGGCAAAUGGGGGUUAAAUUGAUGUGACACAUUUUGCUGGAAAUUGGAAAUGACAUGAAUAAAGGAAUCGGUUAGCUCGGUGCUUUUAUAAA